CUCUUUCUUGGCACUCCACAGGGGCAGUCCUCCCUCAGCUCCGUCCACCUUCCCUUCUGCUGCUGAUCAAGCCCAUUAAGCUCCUACCCUGGCCACAACUAAAGGCCCCACGCCCCAGGGAGGAAACCACUGGAGACGCGUCCCUGCUCCCUGGCACCCCAAACCAUCAAUUAAUAUUAACGAGGGAAGGCAGCUGGUUGCCUAAAGACCCCCAACGGGGCUCAGAUGGCGAGAGGCCCCGCCCCAUGACUCAGGAGGUUAAAGGGCCUGGACCCAUCUGGAGCCCAGACUGUCUGAUGGAGAGCAGCAGGCGGGUCACCAUCCAGCUGGUGGACAAUGCGGCCGGGGCCAGCACUGGGGGCCCGCAGCCCUUCCGGGGCCAGAGCUACCAGGCCAUUCGAGCAGCCUGCCUGGAAUCAGGGACUCUGUUCCGUGACCCCUGCUUCCCUGCCGGUCCAGAUGCCCUUGGCUAUGACAAACUGGGGCCCGACUCUGAAAAGGCCAAAGGCGUGGAGUGGAAGCGGCCCCAUGAGUUUUGUGAUGAGCCCCAGUUCAUCUGUGAAGACAUGACACGUACUGAUGUGUGCCAGGGGAGCCUGGGAAACUGCUGGUUCCUGGCAGCCGCGGCCUCCCUCACUCUGUACCCCCGUCUGCUGUAUCGGGUGGUCCCCCCUGGACAGGGUUUCCAAGAUGGCUAUGCAGGUGUCUUCCACUUCCAGCUCUGGCAGUUUGGCCGCUGGGUGGACGUUGUGGUGGACGACCGGCUGCCCGUGCGUGAGGGGAAACUAAUGUUCGUGCACUCGGAACAGCGGAACGAGUUCUGGGCCCCGCUCCUGGAGAAGGCCUACGCCAAGCUCCACGGCUCCUACGAGGCGAUACGAGGGGGUCACAUGAACGAGGCCUUUGUGGACUUCACCGGCGGCGUGGGCGAGGUGCUCUACCUGAGACAGAACACACCAGGCCUCUUCUCCGCCCUUCGCCACGCGCUGGUCAAGGAGUCCCUUGUGGGCGCCACUGCCCUGAGUAAUCAGGGUGAGUACCGCACAGAAGAGGGGCUGGUGAAAGGACACGCGUAUUCAGUCACGGGCACACACAAGGUGUCCCUGGGGUUCACCAAGCUGAGGUUGCUGAGGCUGCGGAACCCCUGGGGUCGAGUAGAGUGGACUGGGCCCUGGAGUGACAGUUGCCCACGCUGGGAUGCACUCCCCUCGGAAUGGCGAGAUGCCUUGCUGGUGAAGAAGGAGGACGGCGAGUUCUGGAUGGAGCUGCAGGACUUCCUCAGCCACUUCAACACCGUCCAGAUCUGCUCGCUGAGCCCCGAGGUGCUGGGCCCCAGCCCGGCGGGGGGCGGCUGGCACAUCCACACCUUCCAGGGACGCUGGGUGCGAGGCUUCAACUCUGGCGGGAGCCAGCCCGGUGCUGACACCUUCUGGACCAAUCCCCAGUUUCGGCUGACGCUGCUGGAGCCUGACGAGGAGGAGGACGACGACGACGACGAGGAGAGGCCCUGGGGAGGCUGGGGGACAGCCGGGGCGCGGGGCCCAGCGAGGGGGGGCCGCGUCCCCAAGUGCACGGUCCUCUUGUCGCUCAUCCAGCGCAACCGCCGGUGCCUAAGGGCCAAGGGCCUCACUUACCUCACCGUGGGCUUCCACGUGUUCCAGAUUCCAGAAGAGGUGCUGGGCCUCUGGGACUCGCCGCGCAGCCGCGAGCUCCUGCCGGGCCUGCUGCGCGCCGACCGCUCCGUCUUCUGCGCCCGCCGCGACGUGAGCCGCCGUUGUCGCCUGCGCCCCGGUCACUACCUGGUGGUGCCCAGUGCUGCCCGCGCAGGCGACGAGGCUGACUUCACGCUGCGCAUCUUCUCCGAGCGCAGCCACACCGCAGUGGAGAUCGAUGACGUGAUCAGCGCAGAUCUGGAGGCCCUCACGGUCCCCUACCAGCCGCUGGAUUUGGAGCUGGUGCAGCUGUUUCUGGAACUGGCUGGGGAGGAGGAGGAACUUGGUGCAUCCCAGCUCCAGACCUUAUUAAGCAUUGCCCUGGAGCCUGCCAGGGCCAACACCAGGACUGUGGGAGAGAUUGGGCUGAGGACCUGUGAGCAGUUGCUGCGGUGUUUUGGGCAUGGGAGAAGCCUGGCCCUGUACCACUUCCAGGAGCUAUGGGGCCACCUCCUGAUGUGGCAGGCCACAUUUGACAAGUUUGAUGAGGAUGCAUCGGGGACCAUGAACUCCUACGAGCUGAGGCUAGCGCUGAAUGCUGCAGGCUUCCACCUGAACAACCAGCUGACCCAGGCCCUCACCAGCCGCUACCGGGACAGCCGGUUGCGUGUGGACUUUGAGCGCUUUGUGUCCUGCGUGGCCCAACUCACUUGCAUCUUCCGCCACUGCAGUCAGCAUCUGGAUGGGGGUGAGGGAGUUGUCUGCCUGACCCACAGACAGGUGAGCCUGGGCUGCGGGAUAGGGUGGCUCCAGGGCCAUUUGGGACGUGGCCUCAGGCCUGCCUCUGCCUUCUUCUCGCCCAGUGGUCAGAGGUAGCCACCUUCUCCUAGGAGAGGCUGGGAGCUUGGAGUGCUGUGCGUCCCUGCCUGUUGUGGUGGUGGCAGCUGGACGUGGACGAGCACCUGUCUGGG